AUGGCCGCCAUGGCCGGGGCCUCCUCGUCGGCGGACGCGCUCUUCAUCCCCAACCCAGGCGCGCUCGCCGGAUUCAUGUCCUCCUCCGCCGCCGCCAUGCCAUUCCACCAUUUCUCCACCACCGCCGCCUCCCUGAUACCUAAGAAGGAGGGCGGCAUCAUGGGUGCGCUCCAGGUGGCCAAGGACGAGGACAUGGAUCAGUUGGAGAUGGACAUGGAGCUCAGCGGCGGCUCCGGGAGCGCCCACCUGGACGGCCUGCUCAGCUUCCCCGACGUGGACGACGACCGGCCGGAGCAGAAGCCGCAGCACAGCAGCCUCGAACUCCAGACGACGGUGGACGCCGCCGGGCAGCAGCAGCAGCAGCAGCUGGCCACCGCCAACGGCAAGAAGAAGCGGUACCACCGCCACACGGCACACCAGAUCCAGCAGAUGGAAGCGCUGUUCAAGGAGUGCCCGCACCCGGACGACAAGCAGCGGCUGAAGCUGAGCCAGGAGCUGGGGCUCAAACCCCGCCAGGUCAAGUUCUGGUUCCAGAACCGGCGCACCCAGAUGAAGGCGCAGCAGGACCGCGCCGACAACGUGCUCCUCCGCGCCGAGAACGAGAGCCUCAAGAGCGACAACUACCGCCUGCAGGCCGCCAUCCGCAACGUCGUCUGCCCCAACUGCGGCCACGCCGCCGUCCUCGGCGAGAUGUCCUACGAGGAGCAGCAGCUCCGCAUCGAGAACGCCAGGCUCAAGGACGAGCUCGACCGCUUGGCGUGCAUCGCGACCCGGUACGGCGGUGGCCGACAGCCGAGCAUGCCGUCCUCGCUGGGCUGCUUAUCGGCGCCGCCGGCGGUGCUCAUGCCGCCGCUCGACCUCGGCAUGAAUGUCUACUCUCGCCAUUUCACCGACCAGUCUUCAGUCAUGGGCUGCGGCGACCUCAUCCAGUCCGUCCUCGGGCCGCCGCAGCAGAUCACCGGCGGCGCAGCCGAGCACCACGCCACGUCGUCGUUCAUGGGCGCCAUUGGGCCUGUCCAGGAGCAGGACAGGCAGCUGGUGCUCGACCUCGCCGCCACGGCGGCCGACACCCUCGCCAAGAUGUGCCGCGCGGGCGAGCCGCUCUGGCUGCGGCGCCGCGGCGCGAGCUCCGAGGUCAUGGUGGCCGAUGAGCACGCCCGGAUGUUCAGCUGGCCGGUCGACGGCGGGCAGCAGGGCAGUGCCUCCACCGGUGCCACGGCCAGGACUGAGGGAUCAAGGGACAGCGCCGUGGUUAUCAUGAACAGCAUCACACUGGUGGAUGCCUUCCUGGAUGCUAACAAGUGGAUGGAGCUGUUCCCUUCGAUCGUGUCCAAGGCAAGAACCAUUCAGGUCAUAAACCAUGGAGCUCGUUCUGGUCACAUGGGCAGUGGAUCUCUCCUCUUGAUGCAAGCGGAGGUGCAGUUCCCGUCUCCUUUGGUGCCUGCGCGGGAGGUGGUCUUCUUCAGGUACUGCGUGCACAACGGUGAUGAGGGGACCUGGUCCGUUGUCGACUUCCCGGCUGAGGGGUUCCAACUGGAAGCUCUGCAGACCUCAUCUGUUGUCAAGUGCUGUAGGCGCCCCUCCGGUUGCAUCAUUCAGGACAUGCCCAAUGGCUACUCAAGUGUGGUGUGGGUGGAGCACAUGGAGAUGGUUGGAGAGGAGAAGCCACUGCACCAGGUGUUCAAGGACUACGUCGCCAGCGGCUAUGCCUUUGGGGCCACGCGCUGGGUAUCCCUGCUCCAGCGCCAAUGCGAGCGCCUUGCCAGUGAGCUCGCCCGCAACAUCGCCGACCUUGGAGGAGUGAUCCGCACACCAGAGGCGAGAACAAAUAUGAUGAAGCUGUCACAACGGAUGAUCACUACUUUCUCUGCCAACAUCAGUGCUUCUGGGAGCCAAUCUUGGACGGCACUCUCAGAAACUACAGAGGACACAAUUAGGGUCACUACUCGUAAGAACACGGAUCCAGGCCAGCCCAGCGGUGUCAUUCUAACUGCUGUCUCUACAAGUUGGCUUCCUUUCAGCCAUCAGCAGGUCUUUGAGCUUCUUGCCGAUGAACAACAGCGUUGCCAGCUUGAGAUUUUGUCAAACGGGGGCUCACUUCACGAAGUGGCACACAUUGCAAAUGGAUCACACCCAAGGAAUUGCAUUUCUCUUCUUCGAAUUAAUGCUGCAAGCAACUCCUCCCAGAAUGUGGAGCUCAUGCUGCAGGAGACCAGCACCCACCCUGAUGGCGGGAGCCUUGUGGUGUUUGCGACUGUGGAUGUGGAUGCCAUCCAAGUGACAAUGAGUGGCGAGGACCCUUCCUACAUCCUCCUUCUCCCCCUGGGCUUUGCCAUCUUCCCAGCCACCAACCCUUCGCCAGCAGCAACCAGCACAAGCUCCAGCAAUGGCGAAAGCAGCCUAGGUAACACAGAUGAGCCUGCCAAUGGCUGCCUCCUCACCGUCGGCAUGCAGGUGCUAGCUAGCGCGGUGCCCUCAGCUAAGCUGAAUCUCUCCAGCGUCACUGCAAUCAACAGCCAUGUCUGCAACGCCAUCCACCAGAUUACAACCGCACUCAAAGGCCAAGGCGCUGGGGUGAGCGGGUUUGAACUGGUGGCUGCUGCUGGCUCCGACUAG